AUAUUCUCCCCUCUUCCUUCUCCACAAGGUAUUCAGCAAGGACGUUGUCAGCAGUGGAAAGUAAAGCUUAAGAUGGGGAAAAUGCAAGUAUUGGGUGUAGUUGCAGUAAUAUUAGCAGUGUACUGUGUACAUGCAACGGUCUACUUUCGGGAGGAGUUUACGGACGGUGAUGAAUGGAGAAGUCGCUGGAUGAACUCAAAACACAAAUCUGACUAUGGAGAGUGGAAACUCACUGCUGGCAACUUCUAUGGAGAUGCUGAGAAAGACAAAGGUCUGCAAACAAGCCAGGACGCUCGCUUCUAUGCUACAUCUGCCCGUUUUGAGCCUUUCAGCAACGAGGGCAAGUCUCUGGUCAUUCAGUUUACAGUUAAGCACGAACAAAAGAUUGACUGCGGUGGUGGCUAUGUGAAGGUCUUCCCUUCUGACUUGGAUCAGGCUGACAUGCAUGGAGAAUCCUCCUACUACAUCAUGUUUGGCCCUGAUAUCUGUGGCUACAGCACCAAGAAAGUCCAUGUCAUCUUCAACUACAAGGGCAAGAAUCACCUCAUCAAGAAAGAGAUUAAGUGCAAGGAUGAUGAGCUGACCCACCUGUACACACUGAUCCUGAAUCCAGAUCAGACCUAUGAGGUAAAGAUUGACAACGAGAAGGUAGAAUCUGGCAAGCUGGAGGAAGACUGGGACUUCCUGCCUCCUAAGAAAAUUAAGGACCCCGAAGCCAAGAAGCCAGAGGACUGGGACGACCGUGCCAAGAUUGAUGAUGCUGAUGACACCAAGCCUGAGGACUGGGACAAAGCUGAGAACAUUCCAGACCCUGACGCCAAAAAGCCUGAAGACUGGGAUGAGGAUAUGGAUGGAGAGUGGGAGCCACCCAUGAUCCCUAACCCAGAGUACAAGGGAGAAUGGAAACCCAAACAGAUUGACAACCCCAACUACAAAGGACCCUGGGUGCAUCCUGAGAUUGACAAUCCUGAAUACACUCCUGAUUCAAACAUCUACAAGUUUGAGAAAGUUUCUGUCUUAGGUCUUGAUCUUUGGCAGGUGAAAUCUGGCACCAUCUUUGACAACUUCUUGAUCACUGACGACGUGAAGGAGGCAGAAGACAUUGGAAACGAGACAUGGGGUGUGACAAAGGAACCAGAGAAGAAAAUGAAACAGGAGCAAGAUGACCUGAAACGUAAAGAAGAGGAGGAGAAGACUAAAGAACAAGACACCGAAGUUGAUGAGGAGGGUGAUGAUGAAGACGACGAUGAUGAGGAUGAAGAAGCAGAUGAAGAACCAAAGGACGACUUGGAGGAGGCGCUUUCAGAAAUGGAUGAAGAAACCCCUAAAGAUGAGCUUUGAGGAGGUGUGGCCAGAGAUUUUGUCUGUCCCUCCUUUAGAAACUCUGUUCUUUAUUACCCAGGGGUAUUGUGGCUGCUGUGCAUCCUUUCCCUGAGAUUUGGACACAACCCAAUUUGGGGGAGCAAAUGUAGUGAAGGGUGGGGGGAGUGGAUGUUAAUGGACUUAGUUUGUCUUUAAUUUUGGUCAUGAUAUUACCCUGUUGCCCCUGAACUGCUGGAUUGAUUCUAAGGUUUUCCACCCACAAAGUCCAUUCCUCAUUUUGCAAUAACAGAAUAAGCAGGCACUGGCACCCACUGUUUUCUUGAUUUUCUUGAUCUACACAUGUACUUUAUGUGCAGAUUCCCUUGUACAGGUUGCACAUUUAACCAGGGACGGCAAUAAAAAUUUAGAAAUUUAGAUUUGCAGAAAAUAUGAAUAGGUCAUUAAGUUUGAAUGUUAUUGUCCCUUAGAGGAAAAUUACUCUUGCAAUCUGGUGAAACAAAGAAAUCAACCGCAAAAAGAAAAUCACAAAAUACAGACAGAAAAAUAGAUUGUAAUGUAACUUAUUUUGGUUGUCUGUGGCACUGAGUUUUGAUUUUCCUUUCCUCUUUAAGACAUAAUUGAAUGAAGUGUUUAGACAUAAAUUAGUCUUCAUCUAAGUGUACAAUCAAACUGUUUUUCUACAUUGAAAUGUCCUCAUGGUAAUGUGGUGGAACCUUCAUAACAUCCUGAAAGUCUGGAGAAACUGGUGGUGAGCCCCUGGUGUGACUCAUGACAUCACUAAAGAUCACACUUAUUUUUAUUGGACAGGAUGUUAUUGAUACCAAAGUUUUUAUUAAAAGAUUAUAACCUUA